ACGAUCUGUAGGAUUUAACGUGACAAGUAAAUAUAUCUAUGUAAUGUUUUAAUUCGGAUGAAAUCUACAAUUCAACACCCUUGACGAUUUAUUAUAAAAUAUGGUGGACGAGUCGUCGGUAAGCAAUAUUCCUUUAUUGCAAACGAAGGCAGGGCCUCGCGACAAAGAUUUAUGGGUACAAAGAUUGAAAGAAGAGUACCAGUCUUUAAUUAAGUAUGUACAGAAUAAUAAAGCAGCAGAUAAUGACUGGUUCCGGUUGGAAUCUAAUAAGCAGGGCACACGUUGGUUUGGUAAAUGUUGGUACAUUCACAAUUUCCUGAAGUAUGAAUUUGAUAUUGAAUUCGAUAUACCAGUAACGUAUCCAGUAACGGCUCCUGAAAUUGCACUGCCAGAAUUAGAUGGAAAAACUGCGAAGAUGUAUAGAGGAGGAAAGAUUUGUUUAACAGAUCAUUUUAAACCUCUUUGGGCCAGAAAUGUACCUAAAUUUGGAAUUGCACAUGCAAUGGCCCUAGGUUUGGGACCAUGGUUAGCUGUAGAAAUUCCAGAUCUUGCAGAUAAAGGAAUAAUAGAACACAAAGAUAACUCAAACAAAAAAUAGUUAAAGUUAGAUAAAUUAAUUUUUUAAUUCCAUUAAACAAAGGAUAUAUGGUGUGUUAGGUAAACAGUGCCCAGUAACUGUACAGCACAAUUUUGUCUAAAAAAAUUAGAGAAGGAUGGUUAUUAUUUUUUAAGAUACUUACGUUUUCAAUUACAUGAGCCUACAUGUAUGUAUAAAUACAUAUAUGCAUAAAAAUGAUAUAUUUAAUUGCAUGGUAAAAUCUUUGAAUUUGAUAGUUUACGUGUCAUUAUCACAAGUCUCUGAUUAAUAUAUUUACUAUUCGAAUCUAUUGUUUUCCAUGUUGGAUCAACUCAGAACACUGCGUUUUUACAAAACACACAGAACUGUAUCAAUAAAACAUUUACAUUUUU